UAGUCCUUAGCGCAGUCUAUGGAACAGCUGCAAAUUGGACUGGUGAAAUGUUUCAUUUCUUCUAUUCAAGUAGAAAAUCAGGGUGCACACAAAGGCAGUCUUGUUCUCCAUGACAAAUCAGAGUGCUGAAAUGACAAAACGCCAGUGUCAUUUGCUGUCACACAGCAGGAGCUGCCGCACGGACACUUUCCCGUAUCCAGGGUCACAGUGCAAGGGGUGGCAUCUACCUGCUUGGCAACUCACCUUCACCGGCACCACCCCUGUUUUUCCAGUUUGGAACAUGCUAAAGUAAAAUAAUAACGUGCUACCCGACCUGAAGCACUUGAUGUGGGCGUACCCUACAGAAAUAAAAGGAGAAGUCCUAAAAACAGACAGACUGGAGUCUGCAGAGCUCUGAAUAUUCACAGAAGGUAAACAAUCUUCUACUGGGGGCUGUUUUCCUCCCCUCUCUGCAGACAGACACGGAGUCUGCACUGCUCUGAGCCUGCAUGGAAGGUGUGCUUUCUUCCCUUCUUCCUUUCUCUUUCUCUAGAACACUCAAGGCUGCCUUGCUGAAGUCUCUGCAGAGUCUCUAUCACAGAGGGCUUUGGGAACUUAUGCAAGUCACUGAGAAGAAAGCAACAGAUGCCAGUCUGCAAGUUCCACUAACUAGUAUUCCCGGAGACACUCAUAUCCUUCAGAUUCAGCAGAACCAGGACCAUGGAUGUGCCUGGUGUCAACACCACCUCAGCCAAUACCACCUUCUCCCCUGGGACCAGCACCCUGUGCGUCAGAGACUACAAGAUCACCCAGGUUCUCUUCCCAUUGCUGUACACCGUCCUGUUCUUUGCUGGGCUCAUCACGAACAGCUUGGCAAUGAGGAUUUUCUUUCAGAUCCGCAGUAAAUCCAACUUCAUCAUUUUUCUUAAGAACACGGUCAUCUCUGAUCUACUAAUGAUUCUAACUUUUCCAUUUAAAAUUCUUAGUGAUGCUAAACUGGGAGCCGGGCCUCUGAGAACCUUGGUGUGCCAAGUUACUUCAGUCACAUUUUAUUUUACAAUGUAUAUCAGUAUAUCGUUCCUGGGGUUGAUAACCAUUGACCGCUACCUGAAGACCACCAGGCCAUUUAAAACGUCCAGCCCCAGCAAUCUCUUGGGUGCAAAGAUUCUUUCUGUUGUCAUCUGGGCCUUCAUGUUCUUAAUUUCACUGCCUAACAUGAUUCUCACCAACAGGAGGCCAAAAGAUAAGGACGUAACAAAAUGUUCUUUCUUAAAGUCAGAGUUUGGUCUAGUUUGGCACGAAAUAGUCAAUUACAUCUGCCAAGUCAUUUUCUGGAUUAAUUUUUUAAUUGUCAUCGUUUGUUAUAGCCUCAUUACCAAAGAACUCUAUCGGUCUUAUGUCAGAACAAGGGGUUCAGCCAAAGUUCCCAAGAAAAAGGUAAACGUCAAGGUUUUCAUCAUCAUUGCUGUAUUCUUUAUUUGCUUUGUUCCCUUCCACUUUGCACGGAUUCCCUACACCCUGAGCCAAACUCGGGCCGUCUUUGACUGCAGUGCUGAGAACACCCUGUUCUACGUGAAGGAGAGCACCCUAUGGCUGACGUCACUGAACGCCUGCCUUGAUCCAUUCAUCUACUUUUUUCUUUGCAAGUCUUUCAGAAAUUCCUUGACAAGCAUGCUGAGGUGCUCAAACUCUACAUCAACAUCUGGGACAAACAAGAAGAAAGGACAAGAAGGUGGCGAACCAAGCGAAGAGACCCCAAUGUAGAACAUUACCCAAGGGGCUGCUUCAGUCUUUAAUAUCCAGACUGCUCCAAGGAAAUCACCAUACAAAUAUAUUAACAUUCACUAAAAAGAAGUUGAGUUAAUGAUUCUUUAAAUAAUCAAUAAAGUAAGAAAAUAAUUUUUAACUACCUUUUCUGUACAUAUAUGGGAAAAAUCUUAGUCUGCAGGUGUAUUUUAAAAUGAACUGCAUCCCAUUGCUAUACUGCAGGCAAACCACAAAAAAAAAUCAUUUAUCUGAUUUCUUCAAAAUUAGCAACAUGAAAUGUAAUAUUCAUUGUCAUUUUAAAAUAAAUUACCAAUAACAAUAUUAUUUUUGUAAUAAGUGAGAAUGUAUGUAUGAUCUGAUACAUCAAACACAGUAAUUACCAACUUCCCAUUUAUAACAAGGAUAACAACAAAACCAAAGGGACGUAAAUCAAAUGAAAUGACAAUGGAUAAGGCCUGGAUUAUUGUAAAUGCACAUUAAGAUGGUAGAGGUUUAAAAAGCGAAUCUUACCAUAAAGGACAGACAUGAUGAAUAAAAUUAUUAACUUAACAAAAGUACACUUUCAUAACAUUCUAACAUUAAAAAUAUUUACUCCUUCCUUAACACUAGAGGCAGCAAUUUUACUAAGGUUCUAAGUUUACUGGGUAGAGUGUCAUUAUCGGUACUUAUCUGCUAACUAGCUUUGAAAAUGCCUGCUGCUUGAAUGAACAGAACACUUCUUAAUAAGAAAACAUAAGCAACUACAAUUACCAAAUCACACAUCACAUCUACCAAUAAGAAAGUGAUUGAACUACUUGAGAUUAUGUUUGUAAUCAUGUGUAUAAUAUUAAAAUGCAUUUAUUCUGUA